AUGGAGCGAAUAAUAGACGGUGCUAAAAUGGUCUUUGGGACCUUAUUCUUCAUAGUUCUCAACUUUUUCAAAAAUCUUCUACCAAAUGGGAUCCUCCCACGAAAGUCUGUAGAAGGAAAGAAGGUGUUGAUCACUGGAUCUGGAAGUGGUAUCGGAAGACUGAUGGCCAUCGAAUUUGCUAAAAUUGGAGCAGAGGUUGUCAUUUGGGAUGUUAAUAAGGAUGGUGCAGAGGAAACAAAGAAGCAAGUUGAAAAGGCUGGAGGAACUGCCAACGUGUUUGUGGUUGAUUUAUCACAAUACAAAGAUAUUCAUCGAGUUGCAAAAUUGACAAAGGAUGCUGUUGGAGACGUUGAUAUUUUAAUUAAUAACGCAGGAAUUGUGACAGGAAAGAAACUAUUUGAUUGUCCAGAUGAAUUGAUGGAAAAAACAAUGGCCGUCAACACCAAUGCUCUCUUCUAUACUGCCAAGAACUUCCUUCCAUCAAUGCUUGCCAAGGAUAGCGGUCAUCUCGUAACAAUCGCUUCGAUGGCUGGAAAAACUGGAUGCGUCGGACUCGUUGAUUACUGCGCUUCGAAACACGGAGCCAUCGGAUGCCACGAUUCAAUUGCUAUGGAGAUUUUGGCUCAGAAGAAGUACGGAGUCAACACUACUUUGGUCUGUCCAUUCUUCAUUGACACUGGAAUGUUCCAUGGAGUUACCACGAAAUGCCCAGCCUUGUUCCCGAUCCUCGAAGCCAACUAUGCUGUUGAAUGUAUCAUGGAGGCGAUUCUCACCAACCGUCCAUUGUUGUGCAUGCCAAAAGCAUCCUACACAAUUCUCGCAUUGAUCGGUCUUCUCCCAAUCGAAGCUCAAGUUCUCAUGGCUGACUUCUUUGGAACCAACGAAUCAAUGAACGAUUUCAAAGGACGACAGAAGCAGGAGUAA